AGGGAGGGAGGGAGUGGGUGUUGAAAUUGGUCGUGUCGUAAGAUAACCCACACACAAGUGGCUUGGACGGACCCAAAAUCAUCUGUUGGCCAGCUUCUCCGCCAUGUCAAUGGCCAUGGCUGUCGUUCGUCCUUCACCUCUGCUAGGUCAGGUCGAUUUUGCCAUUGGAGGGUUUUCCUGUAGAAAAGACUUGCGCAAAACCAAACAAACACCUAGAAUAAAGGCGCUGUUUUGGGAAUUUAAGAAGGCAGAGAAGCCUCCUGAAACGCAUCUCUCCAUAGACAACUUCACAUUGACCAAGAUUAAUGCUAAGGACGAGUCAGCAGACACUGAAAAGGCUAAAACGGUAACGGUUUCUGUAGUGUCUUCAAUUUUGGAAGUUCCAUCUAGCGGUUGGGAUGCUUGCUGUCUCGAUGCUACUGGUCCAGAACAGUUUAAUCCUUUUCUUUCUCAUGGGUUUCUUUCAAGUUUAGAGGAAUCGGGCUCUGCAGUGAAGGAAACAGGAUGGCUUCCAAGGCACAUAGUUGCACAAGAUGAAGAUAAUAAUAUCCUAGGCGUGAUCCCACUCUAUCUUAAAAGUCAUUCAUAUGGUGAAUAUGUUUUUGACCAUUCAUGGGCUGAUGCUUAUUACCGUUAUGGUUCAAGGUAUUAUCCAAAAUUACAAUGUUGUGUGCCUUUUACCCCUGUACCUGGUCCAAGGAUCUUACUGAGGAACACCUCAUACAAAGAUCAAGUGUUUGACAUUUUAGUAUCGGCUAUGAAGGAAUUGGCCAAUAAGUUUCAGGUUUCAUCAUUGCACAUAACGUUUUCCACUGAAAAUGAAUGGCGUGCCUUGAAGGAUAAGGGGUUUCUGCAGAGGACCGGUAUGCAGUAUCACUGGAAAAACCGCAACUACAAAAAUUUCGAUGAUUUCUUGAUGGACAUGAAGCAAAGUAAAAGAAAAAAUAUUCGACAAGAGCGCAAAAAGAUACCUGCUCAAAACUUGAAAAUGAAAAGACUGCGAGGUGAUGAAAUUAAGGCCAAGCACUGGGAUACCUUUUAUACGUUCUACCGGAACACUACAGACAACAAGUGGGGUACACCUUAUCUAACAAGAGAAUUUUUUCACAUCAUGGGAUCAAAAAUGGGGGAUAAAGUAAUGCUGAUUGUUGCUGAGGAAGGAGAUGAGCUGGUUGCCGGAGCUCUUAAUCUUAUCGGAGGAGAUACAAUAUAUGGGCGGCUAUGGGGAUGUCUACCACGGGUCUAUUAUCCAAGUUUGCAUUUUGAAGCUUGCUACUAUCAGGCAAUAGAAGCUGCUAUUGAGCUGAAUCUCGACAAAGUAGAGGCAGGAGCCCAAGGUGAACACAAAAUUCAACGGGGCUAUCUGCCUGUUACCACUUACAGCUGUCAUUAUCUUCUAGAUGAAGGUUUUAGGCAAGUCAUUGGCAACUUCUUGUCCCGAGAAACAGAUCAGGUGAAACUUGUUUCACAACUCAUCGCCGAGUCUGGCCCGUUUAAAGAUGGGAUACUCUAGGUAAGAAACAUGAAGCAGUUUGCGGAUUGAUAGAUAGAAUGUGGGGAUCAUUUUAUUGAUCCAAAAAUAGGGCAGAUAUAACGACCGACUUACAAGGUCAAAUAGGUAAAUGGACUUGAUGCCUGGUACAAGUGUAGAUAUGUAAAUAGCAAUGGGGGUGGGUAAACUUCCCUUGAAGUUUGACUCACAACUUCCAAUAUAUUUGUUGAUUUUAGUUUAAACUUGCUUUUUUUUUUCCUUAAUGAAAAUUAUGUCUAUAUUUGUUCUCACUAAUGAAAAUUAUGUCUAUAUUUGUUGUCA